AUGGCUCUCUACUAUAAAAUCCUCAAUUCACUUACAUUCUUGUAAAAAUCCUUUUGGGAUAAAUAAAUUUCUAUAAAAACAAUCAUAAAUGCCACUUCAAAAUAUGAAAAAUUCCUACUUCACACUUAUUCAGGCUUAAAGCUAAAUAGUAUCAGAUAAAUAAAGAGGAACUUCAUCUCAAAGAAAAUAAUAUAAAUAAAUAGCAAACUAACUCAAAAAAAAAAUAUUUUGAAGCAAAUAAAAUCAUAUUUAGCAGUAUUAUUUAUUUUAGACUUUCAUCGUAAGCACCGAUGGUUUAGUGGUAGAAUAGAGCGUUGCCAUCGCUUUGACCCGGGUUCGAUUCCCGGUCGGUGCAUUUUUUAACUUCAACAUGGAUGGUUUUUUAAUAAAAACUGCUUAGUUUUUAAAAAAUAUAAAUAAAAGCAUUAUUAGACAUCAUCAUUCUACAAUGUUUUGAGAGAUUAGUAUUCAUCAAUAAGAAUAUAUUUAUCUAUUAUGAGGUUUUAUUAUUAUUUAGAAAAGUAAAAUAAUUUUUUUAUUCUUUAUUUUAGUUAUUAAUAAAACUUUAAAAAUCAAAUAAUAUUUAUUUUGGAAUACAGAAUUAUUUUAAAUUUAAAUAAUGAGAGAGGCAAAGCUAUUUAAAAGACAUGCCAAAGGAUCAAUCCCAAACAAUGA